CGGCGUGAAAUGGACAUCUUAAAUUUCUGCGCAACAAAAGACACUCGAUAGUUGAGAGACCGUACGGAUCGAUUGUGCAGCAGCCAACUAAUAACCUUUCAUCUAUCGAUGCAGCUGGUCACCUGUCCUGUGUGAAAACCUUCAGUCCCGGCCGCGAGGCGGCUCGCAAAAGUUCCCAAGAUGUUCACCAUCAUGAAAGAAAUCAGCACUGAUCCGACUUCUGGUCGGAAGAUCCUGGCAGCUUUCAUCCCGACCUUCCUCAUUGCUUUGGUAUACUUCGGGAUCUUCGUCCUGGUCCGGAACGUCUAUCGCAAAUUCUAUGCGCCGCGAACCUUCCUCGGCACCAUACCUGAGAAGCACCGGACACCAGUCUCGGGUUUGAAGGAGGGCUGGUGGUUCGCAGACUAUAAGAACCUGUCCGAUGCAUUCGUGUUGAAGCACAAUUCGCUAGAUGCGUAUCUUUACUUGCGCUUCCUGCGCAACAUCAUCUGGAUCUGCUUCUUGACGGCCUGCGUGACGUUUCCAAUCCUGAUUCCUGUGAAUAUCACGGGAGGCGGAACUGCCAGUCAGCUGGACAAACUAACGUUUAGUAACAUCAACAAGAACAGCCACAUCUGGGCUCAUGUUGUGGUGGGAUGGUUUGUGUUUGUUGGCAUUUUCCUGUUCAUUGCGUGGGAGCGCCUGCAGCUCAUCGGUACCCGUCAAGCUUGCUUUCUAAACGAGUCAUACACAUCAAGGCUAUCGUCACGAACUGUGCUCUUUUUGAAUGUUCCUCGGGAAGCCUUGGAGCCCUCGCAGCUGAAGGAGGUGUUUGGCGAAGAAGCCGAACGUUCAUGGCCCGUCACGGAUACCAAAGAGCUCGACGACUUGGUCGAGAAACGAAAUGCGGUUGCCAUGGAUCUGGAGCGGGCCCAAAUGGACAUGAUAGUCGCUGCAGUCAAGAGGAACAAGAACCUCUCGGGUCAGACCAGCAGUGCUAGUGUCGAAGAACAGUCUGUCGUGCCACAAUCUCGUCGGCCAACUAAGAGGAGCCCGCCUGUUAUUGGCACGAAGGUCGAUCGUCUUGAUGAUGAUCGCGAGCAGUUGAGAAAUCUCGUGAAUCGUGUCAAGUUGCUAAGAGCAGCGCCGGAUGCUGACACUCCGGAUCGUUCAGCGAUAUUCGUGUCAUUCUCAUCCCAACAAGCUGCGCAUAUUGCUUUCCAGACGAUUACAUUCCAACCCCGAGUUCCGCUCCAGGAUCGCUACCUCGCAGUGCAACCCAAGGAGGUACUUUGGGGCAAUCUCGCUAAGCCUGUGGCUGCACGAGUGUCGAAAGCCUCUCUGGCUUUGGCAUUCGUGGUAGCCUUCACGAUCUUCUUCACAAUUCCCGUCGGUCUCAUUGGUACACUCAGCAACGCAAAGGAAUUGGCGAACCGCUACGAAAUUUUCAGCUGGUUGAAUCAACUACCACGGCCCAUUCUCGAUCUACUCACCGGUCUGGUGCCGCCAGCACUUACGAGUUCCUUCACCUCUUACGUUGUCAAGCUAUUCCGGCAUAUUGCGAAGCUCUCGGGAGAGCCAACUACCCCACAGGCAGAGCUUAAGACUCAAAAUUGGUUUUUUAUGUUCCAGAUCAUCCAAGUCUUCAUAGUCACCACGUUCUCUUCAGGUGUGGCGUCAGUGUUCGCCAAGGUCGCUCAGGACCCGAGUCAGACUCCCACUCUACUAGCCGCAAAUCUCCCAAAAGCGUCAAACUUCUAUUUGACAUACAUCAUCCUUCAAGGAACCACAAACGCAGCCAAUAAUCUUUUGAACUAUGAGGACCUUCUUGAGUAUCUCUUCUAUGAGUACUUCUGGGAUAAGACACCUCGCGAGAAGUUCACUACUUUUGCACAGAUGAAGGGCACCCCAUGGGCUGCAUGGUAUCCCAAAUUCGCCAACUUGUUCAUCAUUGCCAUUGCAUACUCUUGUAUCGCACCCUUGGUCACUGGAUUCGCAGCCAUCGGCAUAUUCUUCUAUUAUCUCAGCUACCGCUAUGGUCUUCUGUACGUCCGCCAAACCAAGAUUGACACCAAGGGCGAGGCAUACAAGCGCGCACUGCAACAUCUGCCGGCUGGCUUGUACUUUGCUCAACUUUGUAUGAUUGGUCUGUUCAGUGCUCGAGGUGCCGUUGUGCAGACCGCCCUCAUGAUCACUCUGCUGGUCAUCACCUCCGUUGCUAACCUGCUCCUUGACCGCAUGCUCCGCCCUCUAGACCUCUAUCUAGGCGUUGACAAGUGGCAGCGAGAUGAAGUCCCUCUUCUUGCCGAAGAAGACGGCAUCGAUCACGAUGACGAAGCUGCUCUCCACGCCGCCUCCCACGGUCGCCGACUCGGCAUCAAACAUCUUCCCAACCCUGCACCGCGAUGGCUCUCCGAUUUCUUCGACGGCAUCAUCUCCUCCGCACGAGAGCGCACCAAAGCGCUGCUGGAUGAUCCCUCGCCUUCAAGUUCGGAUUCGGACGAUGCUCCGAGUUUAAGUGAAGAAGACAUCGAGAAUGCCUACCGCAAUCCUGUACUCACCUCCAAGACACCUAAGCUGUGGAUCCCGCGGGACCCUCUGGGCAUCUCGAAGGAGGAAAUCCGUCAGAAUGAAGAGGUUGAUAUUGCUACGACGGACGAAGGGGCGGAGGUCCGAGAUAAUGGAAGGUUGAUCUGGAACCAUCAUUUUGACAAGGUUCCGAUUUUUAGUCUGCCCAAAGUCUACUAGGGAAGGUAAAAUUCAAGAGUUUGAGGUCCGAUCUCGUGCUUUAAGUGCACGCAUAUAUAUCGAUAAUCCGAACAAGGCGUUACAAAAGAAUGGACUUGGGACAGAAUUGAAAGUUCGGAUUUCUUGGUAAUGGUUUUGAUGAGCUUUAAUGGCAACAAUCAAUUUUCAACAUGAAAUUUCCCGUGCGAUAUUGCAGCUAAACCUGUCUUUCGCGAUCGAAUAUCUCCUUGAUCGGCUUAUGACUGUUCCUCAAUAUCAUCUUCAUUUGGUCUGACAUCUCCGUAUGGUAAGGAGCGCUUGGCAGGACUUCUUUCAAGUCUUCCUUCGUAAUU